GGCCUGGAGAGUUCCAUGGACUGUAUUGAGUCCAUGCAAAGAGUUGGACACAACUUAGCGACUUUCACUUCAUCUUCAGGCAUAUUGUGACAAAGACAUCAAUCCUGUAACUUAACAGAAACAAAAAAAAUCGUACUUUCUCCAUCAUUAAGGCUUAUACAUUAGCUCAAAGAUUAAUAAAAAUAUAUAGAAAAUACAUGAAGAAUGGAAACUAUAAAGAGAAGUGGAAGAUAUAAAAUUAAAUAUGAUGGACCAUUUGUAACAAAAUAUUUGAUUUUGAGCAAAAAAACAAGAAAAAUCAAUUCCAGGAAAAAUUGCAUCAUAAAUUUUAUGCAAAAAUGUGUUCUGUUCCUUAAUAACAAUAGUGCAAAAUGGAAGAAAUCUUUAAGUUGUUAUCAAAUUCCAAAACUUGGCCAAACUAUGUUUGCAAAUCUCCAUGGUGUGACAGUGAGCUAAUAUUUGUGAGAGGGAACUAAUUCAACACGACAGUCCAACAGAGUGGUAUUACAGCUUAGCUGAUACAGGGAUGGUCAAGACUUUAGAACCUCAGUGGUGUUACAAGGCUGGGAAAUGACUUGUGUGAUGACUGUCACUUCAUCCAAGGCUAAGGGAGAAUUCAGCCCCUGAAAGUGUCCUGACCUGAGGACUGGUGGGGCUGACUUCUGGGCCAGCCAGCAUCCGACACGUGCAUCCUUUGCCAGGACUGCUGGGUGGGGAAAUCCCAGUAACACAGCUAACUUGGGGACUAUUACAGUGACCAAAGGGACAGUCUUUACUACCCCUUGUGCUGACUUUUCAGUGAUAUCUGCAGAGACCCAGUUUCAACAUCAAGGCACAGUCUGAGGUCCUGAGGGUCAGGAUACAACAUAUGAAUUUGCAGGGAUGCAGUUCAUCCACAACAGGAAAUGUGCCCUUCUGUGUCUGUCAGUUGGACCUACUAGCCAACAUGAUGUCAAACAGUGGCAAUAAUAGUAGCAGAUGUCCUGGGUUUGUUCCUCAUCUUAACGGGGACCUGGGCACCUCCCUGGGCCACCUGCACGUGCUCUGGCUGGCUCGCUGCGGCCUGGCUGACCUGGACGGCAUCAGCUCCUUUCCUGCCCUGAAGGAACUCUACCUCUCCUACAACGACAUCUGGGACCUGAGCCCGCUGUGCCUGCUGGAGCAUCUGGAGGUGCUGGACCUAGAAGGCAACUGUGUGGAGGACCUAGGGCAGCUGCGUUACUUGCAGCUGUGCCCGCGGCUGGCCACGCUCACCCUGGAGGGCAACCCACUCUGCCUGAGGCCAGGCCCCGGCCCAACCCACCAGGUGCCCCGAGGCUACAACUACAGGGCAGAGGUCAGGAAGCUCAUCCCCCAGCUGCAGGUCCUGGACGAGCUGCCCGCUGCGCACACGGGCCUGCCGGCCUCUUGGAAGCUGGACCAGGACUGGCUCCUGGUGAAGGAGGCCAUCAAGGAGGGCUGCAUCCUAGACAGCCUGCUCCCCGGGACGGAUCGAACCCACGGAUCCCCCAUGUGGAGCCUGAGCCCUGAGCUGUGCCUGCCUGAGACCCAGCCCCGGGCCCCCAGGCGCUGGCCUCUCUCCCUGCUGGUCCCCGGGGUCCCCCUGCCUGAAGGCCUCCUUCCCAAGGGCCCGGCCCCAGAGGAUGAUGCCAGCAACCUCACCCAUGGCACCGGUCGAGUCCUCUGUGGGAACCCCACGAAAGGCCUGCAGGAGCGUCGGCACCAGUGCCAGGCUGGGGUGCACCCUGAGAAGCUGCCGCCUCCCAGGCUGGAAGAGCUGGCCCCCAGGGCCUCUGCCCCAAGGCCUGACCCUGCUGACGAUCGCGACCUCCUGGCCUGCGCCGGGCUUCAGGCUUUGAGGGAGCUGCACCUGCACCCCCUUCCCAGUAGGUGCCCAGAGUCCUGGGAAGAGGGGGCCGCAGCCCCCUGGGGCCCACAGAAGGGCCCUGAAGAGCAAGAGGACAAGGCCGGGCCCAAGCCUCACCGCAGCCCCCCAAGCCUGGCCCCAGAGUCUUCCAGGACCUCGGGGUACAACUUGAUUCCCUGUCCCCCCAAGUCCUCCAUGCCAGACCGGGGCUGCAGCUCCAGGGGGUCCGCAGAUCUGCAGUUCCGGGGGCGUAGGCUCAGAACCCUGGGUAGUUUGGAGCCUGGCCUGGGUCAGAGGCUGGCUCCAGUCACUGCUCUGAGAGCCCGAGAAGUGACCUCAGGCCCCAGCCCUCAAGCAGAGGGAUGUCCAGGCCCAAAGCCAGCCCCAGACUCAGCAGCCAGACCCCCAGCCUCUGGUGCAUGCCGCACCUGACACUCACCACCCCAGCCCGACCCCACCCUCAUAUACACCCCUACCCACUGCCAGGCCGGCCUGGCGAGUGGCCAAGGGCCCCAGGGCAAUCGUGGGAGGCCCAGAGUGCACUCAUAGAAUCCAGAGCACCUGGGCCAGGGUGCUGGGGAGGGAGAAGUGGGCCUGGCACAGGAGAGGACCCUCUUGGUGGAGGGAAGUCAGGAGCUGGGACCACCAACGGUGGAGAGGUAGAACCCAGGAUAGAACGCACAAGUCCCCACCACUGGCCCAGCCACCCACCUCUUCCGUGAGGCCUGGCCUUCCCUGAGGAGCAGGCCUGGGAGAGAGCAGGUUGGGCCCCGGCCAAGGUGGCUGGAACUGGGCCCUGGCCAGCCCUUGGCCAGCCCUCCAGCCACCCAGGGCUCUGAGCCACCCUUGGGCUGCUGCGGUCCCAAGUAGAAGCACUUGCUGUCGGCCAACCCCGGUGGACCCGUGGGGUUCCCUGCGUGGGGAUGGGAGGACCAGCUCCCUCCUCUUGGGGCUGGAUACCCAGAAACCAAACGAAUCAUUUUCGACUCUCAGGUGUACAGAAAUGCGGUUUACUUAGUAGGCGGCGUUAGUUCAAUAAAUUAUGCAGCCAGCA